AUGGGGCAGGCGUUUUCGACAGCGAAUGUCUCUUUUUGUCGGACGGAUAUUCCUGUCAACAUCCUCAAGACUCUGGCAGGAUGGGACUAUGAUCGCAUCUGCAACGCAUGGGCUUCACUUAUCAUCAGCGAUGAAGCCCACACGGCGGCAGACGGCACACCUCAGAUUUUUCUCGCUGAUCUGCCGAAGCUGCAACGCAUCACUGGACUCAGCAAAAGUGACGCGGAGCACAUUGGACAACUUUUCAGCAUCCGCACCACCAACGCUUCUGGGUCGCCCCUGCCGUACAUGACAACGUCUUCAACAAGUGCGUCGAGUCACAGAACUCGAGAGACCUGCCGACGAUUGUCAACUAGCAUGUCCUCCGAGGCACACGCUGCAGUCUAUCCCAUGCUCGAAAUUCUGAUGGUGACAGUCGUUCUGGGCAAUUUGCAUAGGCUUACAAAGUUGUCAUUGAUCUUCUCCCUCUUUGAUGUAAAAGGUGAAGGAAGCCUCUCUGAAGCCGAGUUCUUCUUGAUGUGCUACUUCGUUUUCCGGGGGCUCGCAAAGGCAGUGAAACGGCCGAUUCCAGGAUAUGCGUCCAUUGAGCCUCUCGUACUCUCCACCUUCGACGAGUUGCAGAACGCGCAGUGUGGUACCAAGCACGGAAGUGUAAUUAGCAAUGUGGUUGGAGGUCACAAUGAAGAAGCCGAUACUAAGUCGGACCUACAGAAAGAUGUUCCGGAUGUGUCAGUGGGGGCAUUCCCGAAAAAGGCCCCGUCUGAUUUUGUAGGACGCGGUGCCAGCAGAAUAACGAGCCGCGAAGAGGCAGAGAGGACAACUGCUUUAGUGGAGCAGCUGUUCGCCAAAAAAAAAGCAAGUGGUAGACAAAAACUGUGCUGUAGACGAGAGAUGACAAUCGGCGAGUUCAUUAAGUUAACUCUAAAACCAGGGAGUGCGAUCGACAUUAUUUUCAAGGGCAUGCAAGGGGAUUGCACGCUCAGUAUAGCCUCGAAUCUAGCGUUCAGGCAUUCGCAUCAAUUUCAAACGCGUCUGUUUCAAAAUGUUUUUCUCGUGCAUCAAUGGCUUCAAGACAAGGCUACAGACAGGGUUUCCAACGGCCACAUCCGACUGACAGAUCUUGUCGCCGUCUGUCUCGACCUCUGUGAGAAGUCCGCGGAUAUUGUCCGAGAAGUGUACAAUGUGAUUGCCACGGACAAGCGCAUGGCGCUACAAGGCAUGGUACAUAUUGAAGUGGCGCCUGCAUGCGAGUCAGGGACUCUGGGGGUCUUCGCAACAUGUGCACAAAGCUCUUCUAAUGUAGACUUAGUAGCUGGUGAUGGCGACGAUGAGACGCUCCAGGCUGAAACAGGCACCGUCGUGUCGAGGACAGGUCGACGCAAGAUUCCCGCCUACAUUCUAACAGGCAUUCUAGUAGACCAUCACAUCCGCCGGCAGCUCAGGCACUGGUGGCCACAGUUGCGUGUCGAGAGCGCUUUUGACACCUUUCCUGAGAAGCGGCUGGUGUUCAAGAAACUCAUGGAUGUCUUCUCCAGCCGACUUUUUGGAAGCCCUGUGCGGGGGGCAACCCGACUAAAAUGCCGUAUCAACAGCGCUGAGGAACUUAAAAUUCGCUCCGUUAUCCAGGGUGGACAGGAACCAUGGAUUGAGAUCUCGGUAACACAAGGAUACGACAACGGCAGGGGUCCGCCUAUUCGCGUGAUGGGGGAAGCAAAGACGCGGCCGCUGACAGCUACUGUAGAGGACGGCAGCGUCGACUGGAAUGAAGAGAUUGAUAUCGAACUACCUGAUGUCAGGGACAAUUAUUACCUCAUCCUAACAGUCAAAUGCAAUGCAUCUGACAGCGAUGUGGUGGCUGUUGGAAGGGGCUCCCUGCUACUUUCGGAUCUAGAUGCCACGGGAAAAUGGUCCGACACUACGUUUCACAUCACACCUUCACACUCACCUGCGGUGUACUUUACUUCGGAAACUCCGCGAAUAGAUUGCUCACUACUUCUCGAACCUGCGAGUCCUUCAGCAGCCCCGGGGACAACCAUAGAAUGCAGCCCGUCCCGCCUGAACGGUCUAGACAUGCAUGUUCGGGACGUGGUCCAUCUCGACUGUUGUACAGUCUCACUUCACUUGGAGAAUGGUCACCACUCAUUCUCAACAAGCGAUUCCAAUGAUAUGUCGUCAGUUGCAGUAUCCAUUGGCAUCGCUUACCAGGGGAAACCAGUUGCCGGAAUUGCCUACUUCCCUUUCGCGGAAUCUCAAUCUCUCGUAAGCUUUACCGAGUAUGGAAUUCUUUCUCCCGUUUUCUGGAAAGAUCCAACUACAUCCCAGAUUGAAGUGCCUGCGAGGCCUUCGAAAUACUCUUGUAGGCGGCGCAGCUUCCUUCAGCGCUCUCGACGCUCCUCUCGUGUUACAGGCAACAGCAACGACGCCGUACAACGAAGAGCCUCGCAAGAUUCUUCAGAAAGCAUCGAAACGAUACAACGGCCUACUGUUGGCGGCAGAGAGAGAUCGCAAAGUGAUUACAGCCUGAUCCCGUCCCCACAGAGGCAUUCCGGCAGGCGUCGACGAAGUACAGGAGAGACCGGCAUGACGUCGGAGCUGCCAGGCGCAUUGCAGACGGGGAAGAGCUUGAGUUCGCGCAGAAUAUCGACGCAGGGCCGUUGCACCAUUCCCACGGGCAAAGUGCCCAUCUCACUUCGUUUCCUUGAUGCAAAGGACUUUUUCCUCUACCUGACGGAAAAUGCAUUUAACCGUGAGCGCCCUAUCCUUCUUAGCUCUGGCAAGGGCGUGCUCGACCGAAUCAAGCCAUUGCUGAAGCAGUCUGCGAGGGUACCCACCAUCCAGACCGCCGCCGGUAGCCCUCUUAAAGUCGCCCGUUUAGUGAGAGGCGAUGCCGAUAUCGCUGUCGAGUUCGACGUUCGCAGGCUCUGGUCUCUGUGUGGCAGUGACGCACUUCUCCGAGCAGUCGGCGGCUGCCUAGUCGAUGAGAACGGCGAGGAGCUUAUCUACAACGAUUUGCUGUCGAGCUCUGCGCCGAAGACAAUGUUUGCGUUCGUGAAGCGUUCGCUACUUCUCGACACUUUCCUGCUGAAGGAUCCGUCCUAA